UGUGUAGAUCUGGGCCAAGGCUAGUGUGUGUAGUGUGUAGCAGCAGUUUAGCUCAGCCAGUCAGCCGUCGGCCCCAGCCAGCCGACGCCAACAACUGUGAGGUUUUACUGGGCAGUUACAAGAUUUAUAAGUUUCGGACUGCCGCCAUGAAUCGUUCUCUGAAGACUCAGUUGGUGAAUGCGGUCAAAUUGCGCUCUUCUCAAGAAGGGGCCUUCUGCAAGUACAGUCAUAGAGAAUGUAUGCAGAACUGCAUUGAAGGCUAUGACUACUGCCUGCGGCACAUUCUUGAGGACAAGACAGCCCCUUUCAAACAGUGUGCCUUUAUUACGAAGUCAGGACGACGCUGCCCAAUAGCAGCCCUCAAACAGGAGCGAAAAGAUGGAUUUUGCAUGGAGCAUGGGAAAAAAUCUUUGAUUACAAGACAGCGUCUGAAUCGCAAAAGGAGGCCCAGAGAGACGGCAGAUGGACUGUUGGAAGAAUUGGCAAAUUCUAACAGUGGAUUGGCGGAUUUCAUGAACAGUGACCACCGGAGAGGAAAAGCACACAGUGAUAGUUUGGCCGGUAAAGCACUUGAGUACGCGAGCUCAAGUGACUCGGACACUGAGCCCACGUUGGUGGAGCAGGCCUGGCGGGAUGACGGAGACAGCGACGCAGAGAGUAUCGACAGUGACCAAGAAGACAUGCUCAAGUAUGCGGGCGUGUACACCACGGAGGAGGUGGCCCAGAUCCUGCGGGACAAGCUGAUCCGUCUGCAGGCGCUGUACAUCGACCAAUUCAAGCGGCUGCGACACAUUCUCCUGAACAAGCGGCGUCAGUACCUCCAGGCCUACAAGGUGGAGAGGGAGAGCCUAGGAAGCCUUAAGCUUUACAAGAAGGACCCAUUGCAAAGGCUCAAGUAUGACAAGCUUUGUGCCAUGAAACGCUAUCACAAGAAAUUUGGAAAGGAUGCACUGCUUCAGAAACAGUCGACUGAGCGUCGUAUGAAGGCUACGGAAGGUCUGAACUACCAACCCAUAAGUUUCCCAAAGUGCGUCUUUGUGGAUGAUGGUGUUCGCUGCUGUGCCAGAGUUAUUCCUCUCAGCAAGUUUUGCCAGAAGCAUAUCCUUCACGAUCCUGGUCAAGUGUUGUAUCGCCCAUGUCCCUUUGCAGACAGCCAAUGUGGCAGGCCAGUGCCCAUACUCUUCAACACUGGAUUUUGCUCUCUCCAUCAGCGAAUCGGAACAUUCAAAGUUCCUGAACCGUGCCCCCUAGAGGUCAAACUGCCAGACCUGGACGUCAAACUGGAGCCAGCUGUAGCAGAGUCCCCUACCCUCCCAUCAGGGUUAGCCAGCCGGCGCAUCAGCCACACAAGGGUGAGUCAAGAACUGGACAUCAAAAUGGAAGUUGAUGAGACAGACGAGCUGAGCAGCACUUCGUCGUUACUGUUUGGGGAGAAGAUGUCAGUGCCGGAGUCGAAAGGAGGGGCGGAGCCUAAUGACAGUAGGCCGUCCGGGGAGGAGUCUGUGAGACCCCCGGAUAAUGGGGGGAUGUUGUUUACUCUCGGGGAAGAAGAUGAAGAUGAGGAUGGGUUGGCCAGAUAAUCAUAAGGAAAAAAAAUCUAUGUUUUGUUUAAUUGUUUUUCUUAUUGUGGUGGUUGUUUGUUUGAAUAAAAUAAAUGCAUUUGACUGAA